AUGGGUGGUGUUUCUGCUCCGAUGUGUAAGGCUCACCAGGAUUGUGAGUUUUCGCCAUUACCCACUGUGCAGAAAUUGAAGUUACUUGAUAUUGAUCCGCGGUCGCCCACGGAUGGUAUUGUUCGUACUCCGAUAAUACUUGACAAAACUUCGAACAAUGAAGGGCUUCAGCCCUUUAUAGGUCGCCUGCCUUUCGAUACGUCGGAUUUCGAAUCUAUUGACGGUUGUAUAACUGAGGACGACUCCGUACAUAAUGCGAGGAAUACCUCUGCUCUGUCGGAUAAUACCGUAUCUACUAAUAAUAUCAAAGGUCAGAAAAAGGGGGUUCUUACUCGCGUUCGACGUUCUUUGAUGUCUCGUCGUGUUCACAAUUCUCCAAGCCUCAUGGUUAAACUGCGGCAAAGAGAAAAGAUUGAACACAGUAAGCAACAGUACGAACAGAUUCAGAAAUAUCGGGCUUGUCAAGAGGGUGAAGGAGUGCUGGUGGCGGUGGAAACAAAGAUUUCCAAACUCAGUAGUUCAAACUUUGGGGAAAAUUAG